AUGUCUCGCCGGUUUGUGCUCGAUGUUCAACCCAAAAGGCGCAAGACUGCAGGGUGCCAAAGCUGCCGCGAGCCGUUCGACGUUGGCGAGUUACGGUGCUGCCCACUGGCGAAGGCCCACCGUGGUGGCGGUGCAUUCCUUCACCUUGAUUGCGUACAUGGCGGUAUCCAUGCAGGCGACAUCGUGACGAAGUACGCCGACGGUGUCACGGAAGCGCAGCUCCAGGACGUCGUCAGCCGUGGCGCCACCGUUUCUCUCGACGCCGAAGUGCAGGCGGCCGCCCCGCAGACCGAUCCCCCCGAACUGUUGGACCGUGGGCCCUUCGAAGAGAACAUCCUGCGCAACUUAGAUUGGUGGGACUCCGUGGAUGUCGAGCAGGCCUUGCUGUGCACAGUGCGGACUUGGGAGGGCGCCCAUCCUUCCCUCGACCAUUCACUCGAGGAGGCCAAGGGUGCUGUCCUCAAAUGUGCCGCUGAAGCUGGGCCGGACCGAGAGCGGGGCUGGCGCCUUCUGAUGCUCUUCGACCGCCUCCUGUACGCCCGUAUGCCGGCCAAAUUGCGACCCCAAGAUGUCACCGCGACGCAGUGGCGCAAACGAGUAGUCGUGGACCGUUUACGGCUCUUCUGGCGGGGCGACUGGAAGGCUUUAUGGGACGAGGUGCACAUCACCUGCAGGGCGAACUUCAGCGAUGAGCCCCCCGAGGACGACGACUUGAAGCGCCUGGUCGCCCGCAUCGAGGCACUCGGCGCGGCCAACGAGUGGAGCAAGGCGUACAAGGCUGCUGUUGGCUCCGCCCUCCUCGUCACAGACCCGAACGAGCUGGACAACGUCAAGGGGAAGUUCCCUCCCGAGCAGGUGCGCCGGCCCGAGCCCAAAGUCGGAAACGUCGAUGAGCACAAGGACUUCUGGGAGGCGGUUGGCCGGCAGGUGCAACGGGACUGCAAACGGUUGCCCCGCAAGGCAGGUCCUUCCCUUGAUGGCAGCCGCUUCGAGCAUUGGGCAUCCUCUUCGGCGGACUCCGACUACGCGAAGCACCUCGCCAUCGCGGCCGUCCAGUUCGCCAGCGGACAGGCGCCGGAUUUCGUGUACCGAUGCGCACGAGCUGGGCGCUUGCUCAUCCUCCGCAAGAGCGACGGCGGCAUUCGCCCCUUGGUCAUCACCGCCGCGCUCCGGCGCAUUGCACUCCGAGCGGUGAUCAAGGUGUUGACCCCCCGUGCCACAGCGCAUGUGGGGGAGGAGCAAUACGCCAUUGGCAGGUCGGGCCCUGUCGAGUCGAUCACCCACGGCAUCCAAGCAGACGUGCUCCAGGACAGCGAACGAGUUGCAGCUUCCCUUGACAUCAAAAAUGCUUUCGGCUCCAUGAGCCGUGGUGUCAUGGCCGACGAUGUCGUCACUGCUUUCCCGGAGCUGGCGAACCUCGUGUCCACCUUGUACUGCACGGACACGCCCUUGAUGUGGGAGGAUGGCGACGGGGAGGUUCAGACCAUCACCGAGCAGACCGGCAUGGACCAGGGGUGCCCUUUCUCGCUGCUCGCCUUCGUGGUCGGCCUCAAGCGGGUCCUCAACCGAGCACGCGCCCUCCUACGUGACGCUGGCCUCGACGGUGGCGUCCGCUUCCGGGCUUACGUCGACGACAUAUAUGUCACAUGCGCCGCUUCACGUCUCCCCGCGGUCCUCGCAGCCUUUCGCCAGGCCUUGGCCGAGUCCGGCAUGACGCUCAACGAGUCCAAGCUGAAGCUGUGGGGCGUCGAGCGCAACAUUCUGCCGAUGGACCUCCAGCAGUACCACGUGGAGACGCUCCAGGUCUUGGGGCACGCUGUCGAGCGAUCCGGCGGGCAGAUGCACACGUUGUGGCUUGGGGACUCUGGCGGGUCCUUCGCUUCGGUCACGGCCGCCCUCAGAGUCAACCUCGACAGGCUGUGGACCUUGCACGCGGAAGGCGGGCUCCCCAAGCAGGUAACGCAGGCACUGGCGCGCUUGGCCGCGCAGUCAAAGCCACAGCACGUCCUGCGCGGCGCCGCCAUCUCUGCUGAGCAAGCCAGGGCCUACGACGCCGUGGUCGAACACUUCUGGGCUCGACUGCUCGGCGAAACCGGCAGUUUCGACGCCCACCGCAGGGUGCAGCUGCACCUGCCAUUGCGUCACGGCGGCCUCAGCGUUGGCGGGGUGGAGGUGCGUGCCGAUGCUGCCUUCCUUGCCGGCACUCUCGGGGCCUUGAGCGAGGUGAUGAGCACGGUUGGGGUUGACACCGUCGCGGAGCUCCGGCACGCGCUCCCGCGGCACGUGGAGGGCAUGAACCUCGCGGUGACCAGCCUGGAGCAGAAAGGGGCGCGGGAGCAGACACGCCUGUGGCAAAGCGACCAGCCGCAGCCCGUCAAGGGCAUGCAGCGAGUCUGGACUCGAGCAGUCCAGCGCAACCUGCACGAUCAGCUCCUGGGGUCGGCUACGCAGCGCCAUGCAGCGGCUAUCAGAUCCGCCUCCACUCCGGAGGCCAGCCGCUUCUUGGACCCGCCGGGGGCCGCCUCCGACAAGAUGACGGACGCGACCUUUCAGGCAGCUGCCCGCCGCCGCUUGGGCCUGCGACCCGUGCCGCGUGGACCACACGACGCUACCCACUGCCAGAACCGGCGGCCUGAUGGGACUAAGUGCGGCGUGGAGCUGGACGACGAGGGCCACCACGCCAGCAUCUGUGAGAUCGGUGGUGCGCUCGUGCGCCGGCACGAUGGCAGCCGUGACCUCGUUGCCGCCCGGCUUGUCGCUGACUUGCACGCACCAGUUCGCACAGAGCAGCGGUGCCCCCACCUUGACAAGCUCAAGCCGGACGGCACGAUGUCCGAGGCACGCUUAGACAUCGUUGUCGAGCUGGAGGGCACAACGUCCUUCCUCGACGUCGCCAUCGUCGACGUGUUGAGCACGGAUUCGGCACUGGAACGGCAGCGUGCGUCUCGAGACGGCGCCGCUGCAUGCCGCAUGGAGGACGAGAAGCGGACGAAGUACCCCGGCGCCAACGUCGUGCCCCUCGUGAUUGAGAGCUACGGGCGAAUCAACGUGAGCGGCAUGGCAUGGUUGCGCCGGGCGUACCGGGACAAGCCAGAGCUCUUCCAGAGCUUGCUCCGCGCUUUGAGCGUCCACGUGCAAAGCCACACGGGCGCCAUGAUCAUAGCGGCCAGCACUGGCCAGCACGGCGCGCCCCGGCAGCGGGCCGACCAGGCGUAGGCCGACACGCCACGCUGGUCCACCUCCCGC